AUAUGUAGUCAUUACGGCACACUCAGACGAAUUUGAUCUCAUUGAUCUAACGGUGGUGGCGACGGCAAAAACACGAAAAACUAGAACGUUCAAACGCGCGCAAAUAACUCGCAGUACAAUAAGAAAGCAAAAAAUAUAUAAAUUUACCUAAAAAAUACUUUAUUUCAAAAAAUACUAUAUACAUAAAAAAAUUUGUGAAAGGAUAAGCGGUGUUCGCGAGGUUUUGGGUUUCAAUUAGAAAAACGUACAGGCUUCACAAUAUUCAAAAUGAAAUUGCUAACAAUUUUUGUGUUCGUGCUGCUGACAGGCAUUGUUGCAGUCUCAACAGAAGUCUUGGAGGGUACUGGCAAUAGUACUGAUACUACUGGAGAGCCAACGACAACAAUUGUGACAGCUAUUUCUGAUUCUAGUGAUACGACUACUACUGCUUCUAGUGAGCCAAUUACUGUUACUAGGGAACCAACCGCACUUACUACAGAUGAAACCACAUCGGUAACUUCUAGUGGAACCAACCGCACUUACUACAGAUGAAACCACAUCGGUAACUUCUAGUGAGACAACUACCUCUGCUUCUAGUGAACCAACUACUGUUACUGGGGAACCUACCACUGUCACUCCUAAUGAAACAACCUCGGUUGCUCCAAGCGAAAACCCGACUACUGUCCCUAGUGACACUACAACGGUUGCCGCGAGCGAAACCACGCCAAACACUAGUGAAACAUCGACGAACGCAACAACAAAUAGCUCUGGCGAAACCACAACACUUGCUACCGAGGAAACAACGGAUAGUACGUCUGGCUCAACUGAAACUCCCGAUACCACUCCCGUGGAGAAUAAUAGUACAAAUUCACCCGCUACAGAAGCGCCGCCAGCUAAUAAGCUUCAAUGUUAUGCGUGUGAGGGGGACGAUUGUGAUGAAAAGACUGUGAUUAACUGUCCCAAUGACGGUAGAGCUUAUGAUGUUGAGGACAUAAACAAAAGUUUAUCGGAGAAUGCUGCGGAAAUUCUUCUUCAAAAUUAUCGCUCAGUUUCGCGAUUGGAACUCGCCGAUGUGAAAGGUUUUGCUUGCUACAGGGUGCAAAUUCCAGUUAAUGAUGACAGGACAUUGAAACUUGGCUGUAUUGCCAUACCUUAUGGCCAAAGCGCAUGCGAGGCUGUGCGGAACGAACUGAACAUAACGGCAACAGAUAAUAGUGACGAGUGUGUGGCGUGUCAAACAGACUUAUGUAACGGUAGUGCAAUAACAAAAUUAUCUGUGUUGGCACUUUUGUCCGUAUUGCUGGCAAAGUUUUUGUUUUAAGUGAUAAAUAAAAUAAAUACUUUCUACUUAUUUAUGUAUUUAGUUUAAUUUUAUAUGUAUGUAUGUUAUACUUGUAUGUAUAUUAGUACAUAUGUGUGUAGAUAUAUUUGUAAGUUUUAUAAAUUAAAAAAACAACAGCGCUAAAGUAAAUAACCACGAAUUAUUAAUGUAUUAGUGACAAAUAUGAUGCUUUUGUAAAUGAUAGUAUUUAUUAUAUUGUAUAUAUACCUAUAAUAAAAUGAAACUAAAUUGAAAAUUACCAA